GCGACGUUCCAUUUUAUUAUUUUAUAAGAAUCAGCUAUGUAUGGAUAAACAUUUGUCGGUUUGUGGUGACGGCACCAUCAAACACACACGAGUUAUUCAAGACUAAUUAGAACGUGCGCGCGCGAUUGUCUCAUUUAAACUAUCGACACCGACCGGUUGAUUUCGAACGUAAUGUUCGUUUUCAUUUUAUUCUUUUAUCGAUACGAUUUCACCAUAAGGCCUUUGAAUCAGUAUUAUUUUGAAAUGGAUGAUAUAUUAUGAUGUGAUUUAUUUCUUUUAAUUCAAAAUUUUCUCAAGUGAUAAUUUUAUCGCUAUAAAUCAUUCUGUGGCCAUAUCUUUGAAUUGUGAUAUCAAUUAUUCUUAGUCAUUUAAAAAAAAUGUGAGCAAAACAAUGUCUUCAAUAAUUCGUGAACGACAUCAACCAAUUAGUGCCCAAUCAUCUACAUCAUCAUCUUCGAUUGAUGGUGGCUAUUCAUCAGCAUUAACAUCAUCAUAUCAUCAUAACGAUCAUAAUAAUCAUCGUAAUCAACAGCAUCAAAAUUCUUUAUUGUCAUCAUCAUGUGAUCAGCAACAAUAUUGCCAUUUAUUUUCUGAAACUAAUAAUCAUAAUCUCCGUCAUCACCAUCUUCAUCAUCAUCAUUUUCAUCAUCAUCAUCAUCAUCCACAUUCUGGAUCCAUUGGUCAGGUUGGAAUCGGUAUGGGUGGCAUCGGUAUCAAUGGUAAUAAUGGUGGCGGUGAUUGUAAUACUAAUCCAAGAAAUUAUUGUAAACUUGUAUUCAAAAUAACAAUCGUAUUGUUAAGUUUUGCCGGUUUUCUAUAUCAAGCAACCGAUAUUUGUGCACAUUAUUUCAGCUAUCGUACAGUUGUCUAUACAAAUACAGAACAGGAUUCAUUAGUUGAUUUACCAUCGAUUACAUUUUGCUUGCCCACAUAUUUUACUAAACAAUCAUUGGAACAAUUAUAUUCACCAUACAUCAAACGAAAUCUAGAGGAAAUGUCUGCAUUUAAAAAUCAAUCAAUGCUCGAUGCAAUCAAACCGGUCAUCUAUGAAACAUUUCAGAAACAAGCAUUCAAAGAUCUAAGUGCUGCUCAAAUUCUUGAUCGUUCGAUUUCUGAUGAUGGAAUUAUUGAAUGUCGAUUAUUCUAUCCACCUCAACAUUGGCCCAAUCUGACCAGAGAACGAAUGUAUGAAAUCGUACAAUAUGGUCUGCCAUGUGAAGAAGUGACCCAAGUCAUUUCUUCCAUCAAUGCCAAUGGAAAAUGUUUCACAUUUUUUAGUCAAUUGCUCACCGAUAAUGAUUCAUUGAAAGCAUAUCAUACUCAACAUGGUAGCGAUUCUCAUCAAAUGCUCGAAUAUCAACAAUAUCCACAGAUGACAAGUUUCGCAUCCUCAUCUGCAUCUUCAGCAUCGACACGCUCAACCGGUCCGGUUGCACCACCAAUCGUUCAACAUUCCCGUUAUGUACCUAUUUCACAUAAAAUUUCCGUCAAUCACGGUUAUCGUUUUCAUUCGGGUCGUUUUAUUCGUCUUCAAAUACAAUUUAAUCGCAAUCAAUAUACUGUGAUUUCGGAUGGUCAUCAACGUGAAUGUAUACAAGUGCAUCCACCAUUUAAAAUACCUUCUGAAGCCUGUAUUCAUUCAAUUAAUCCAGGAAUGAGUUAUGAUUUUGUAUUGACUAAAACAAAGGCCAUACUACAGCCACCACCAUAUCAGACAAAUUGUCAAUCUUAUCAGGCGGUUACACAAGCCGAAAGUGAACUUCUCGCAUCAAGCAGUGAUGCAAGUGAAUUGAAAGAAUUUUACCUUAAACCAAUGUCAAGAUCGGAUUGCAUCGAUAAAUGUAUGAUACAUAUCUAUGAAAAAUAUUGUGGCUGUUUGCCUAUACAUAUAAGUAUAUGGCAAAGAAGUUCAUUAUUUUUGAACAUGUCCGUUUGUGAUUAUGAAGAUUUCGAACGUAUAGCGCCAUGUUUAGAGAAAGAAUUGAGUAGCACCUGUUAUGAUACAUGUAAAUCAGAUUGUAUCGAUAGACAUUAUCAUUUGCAUGUUGAAUCCAGAGUCUAUCCAUCGGAUGAACAAAUCAAACAGGCAACCGGUGUUGAACGUGUACGAUUGAAACGUCUCAGACAGAGUGCAGCUACUAUCAGUAUAUGGAGUAAUUAUCUGAGCGAUAUUACCUAUGUUCAUACGCCGGCAAUGUCAUUAAUACAGUUGAUUUGUUAUCUGGGUGGUUUGGCUGGUCUAUGGCUUGGCGUUUCCGUAAUGACCGUUUCCGGUUGGCUAGCUCAACUUUAUCCAUUCAUGCAGAAAUGGAACUACAAACAACGUUAUAUUCUUCUUACAGCAAGACAGAAUAUACGUUAUUUUUAUGAUUCAUUCCGCUAUCGACGUGCAGCAGAAUCAAAGCUACCAGAUUAUCAUAAAACAUCGAUGGUUGAAGAUUGUUGUUAUAAUCGGAAUAGUAAAACGUGUUGUCUACUUGAUCAUCAUCAUCAAAAUAGUUGCUGUUCGGAUGAUUCUGGAUGUUUUGAUUUGAAUGAUAAUCGAAAUCAUCAAUAUAAUCAUCCACCAUCACGAUCAUCGUCAAGAAUGGUGAAAGAAUUGCAUCAUCAAAAAUCUUCCUCAUCACCCUCAUCAUCAUCAUCAUCAUCAUCAUCAGAAUCGGCAUCAGAAACCCCUAGUCAUACUAUCAUGCAUAAAUCAUCAUCACAGACAGAAAAUGAUGAAUGUGAAACUGAAGCGAUACUACGAAUGGAAGAAGAGGAUAUAUUUCAUCAAUCAAAUCAUCAUCAAUUAGAACAAUCAUCUUCAUCAUCAUCAUCAUCGAAUAAAUCAUCUACAAUAGAUCUAAUUGGUCAUCAAUUACAAUCAACUAAUAUUAAUAGUAAAAAUGUUUCAAAUAUGAAUCAGAAUCGUUCUAUAAUCAAUAACAGUAAUGGUACUAAUGAUGGCGUUAGCGGAAGCGAUGCAUUGAGUCGUCAUCAUCACCAAAAUAAUCAACAACAACAAAAUCAUAAUCAAAUUCGUUCACAUCCACAUACGAUUGCACGUCGUGCAGUUUAUUGGUCAAAUUAUUCUUCAAUGUCAACCUCUUCCGAUGAUUUAUCAUUAAUUUCUUCCAGUACUAAUAGUACUAAUAUUAGUAACUCGGGCAUUAGCAUUAGUGGUAAUAAUGGUGGUGUCAAUGCAUCAACAAUUUUACGUCGUUUAUCAUUAAUCAACAGUGCAAAUCCAGCUAUCAGUAAUCUGGCAAGAUAUUCAUAUCGAGUUUAGUUUGAUCAUCAAAUGGUCAUUUUAUAUUAUGAAAUUUUUAUUCCGUGAUUGAAAAAUAUUGAGAAAAUAAUUAAUUUAUUUUAUUUUAACAGUGAAAAAAAUAAUAAUAAUUAUAAUUACCAUUAGAAAUACAUGCAGAGAAAUACAAUAUAUACCCUUCUGCUUUGAAUUUGAUUUGGAUUUGAAACUAAUACCAUUAUUUUUUGGAAAGCAAACAAUGAAAAAAUCAAAAAAGAAGAAAAUCCUAUCCCUAUACACACACACACACACACACACCUAAAUAAUUGUAUUUUUGCUAUAUUUACAAAAAUUUUAUCAUUAUUAUCAGAUGUAAGGUAUACAUAUUUUUGGAUUCUUUAUUUACACAACCAAACAGAUUAUAUAUUCUGAUGAUCGAUUUACAAAAGAUUUUCGAUUCAUUUACAUCUAUAUUUAUUUAUAUAUGAUGAUAAUAAUACAUUUACAAUCCUAUUUUCAAUCGAUAUGCCAUUACAAACAGUAUAUGUGUAAUAUCACAAAAACAAAACAAAACAAACAAAUAUAAUUUCGGCAAAACCACGAGUGUCUUUCUUUUUUCUCCACCUAAAUGAAUUUUUCCUAUCGACAGGUAUCUUAUUUUUUUCCGUUGGUUUAAAAAAAAAUUGUUAAACUUUAUUGAAUUUUGUUGAUAUUAUAAAGUAUAAGUGAAUGACAGUGUGGUUGUAUGCCUGUAUUCUAUAUUUAUUUUUAUAAAAAGUUAUUAUUAUUACACGAUUGGAUACCAACACACAAUGUAAUGAAUCUGUGAUUAAUUUAUGUGUAAAACACUGAUUGAAAUUGUAUGAUGAUGUAAGAUGUUUUUUUUGU